ACUAACCUUUGAAAUUGACUCAAAGCAUUUCUUAAGUUCCUUCAUUUCUUCUCUUGCAAUUCAAACAAGACAACUCAUUUCUCACAAUCAUCUUCCUGCAUUUCUCUCUCACUUUCCUGCAUAGUCUCUUUAACCACUUUAAUGGCAAUGAAACACAGAAAACUCUUCCCAGAAACAUCAAAUAGUUCUAUAGAUUGCACAUAUUAUUGUGAUCCUGCUUGCGGUUAUAACUGUGAACCUUUUCCAGAUAUUUACUAUCCCCCGCCGCCACCUCCUUCUCAUCAUCAUAGACUCACAAUUUCACCUUAUUUGAUCAUAUUUAUUUGUUUAGUGGCCACCUUCUUCAUUUUUAUGUUUUUCUAUGCUGUCAUAGUUAAGAGUCGUGAGCGUGCAAAUAAUGGGACUCAGCAGCCAGGUGGAGAUGAAGAGUUUCUUGAUGAAAACAGAGUUGAUCACCCCAUAUGGCUCAUCACCACCGCGGGGUUGCAACAGUCUAUUAUAAAUUCGAUUACCGUCUGUAAGUACAAGAAAGGUGAGGGGUUGAUUGAAGGAACUGAGUGCUCCGUUUGCUUGAAUGAGUUUGAAGAAGAUGAGACUGUUAGGCUAUUGCCUAAGUGCAAUCAUGCUUUCCAUGUUUCUUGUAUUGAUACUUGGUUAAGUUCUCAUAUUAAUUGUCCCAUGUGUCGUGCCUAUAUAGUCUCUGAAACUGGUGCUUCUCCUUUGGUUACCGUGGACCAAAAUUCGGGUGACUCUAAUUUAAUUGAGUCUACACAUGCUGAGAGUUCAGAAAUUGAUUGUGAGUUGGGGGAGAAUCGGGAGAGAAACGGUGAGGGUGUUCGUGAAAACAGGACAGGAACAGAGGAGGAUGAGAUACUGCACCUUGGUGCUGAAGGAGUAUUGAAGGAUGGUGAGAAUUUUAAUGGGAAUGGUGUUUUAGAAGCAGUUGAUAAUUCAGGAGGCGAUAUUAAGGUUGUGAAGAAUGAUGUACAAGCAUUUAGGAGGUCUGUUUCAUUGGAUUCUUCAUUGGCUGAGAUCAUAUGUCUUGGUUUGUCUGAUUUCUGCCCAGCUGAACCAGGAGAUUGUUCGUUUGAUCAAACAAACGAUGCUGAGAAAUCUUAUUCAGCUAUUGUUUUGAAGCAAGAUGGUGCGUAUUCAAACAUGUCUAGACUGACGGGUAGUUCUUCAAUUGGGCAAUGUCUGCAUAAAGGCCCCGUGUCUAUGAAGAGAUCUUUCUCUUGUAGCGGAAGGUUUCUGUCAUCUAGACGAAAUAGGAACUUAAAUGCAAUUCUUCCCUUGUGAAGAUUUUUUACUUGCCAUAUAACGACCUCACUGUGGUGUAUAUUUGGUUAUAGAGGCAUUAUUUUUGCAAGGCAAAGAUGAUUCAUACACAAUCUAUGUGUAAGCAGUCCAUUUAAGUCUGCUUUCUGUACCGAGUACAUAACCCAAGGAUUGAGAAAACGAGCUAGGGGAUAGUAGUGGAUUGUUUAGAAGGUGAAGCUACUUCAGAAUAAUAAAUUUCAAACAAAAGCUCCAACAUAAGUUCUGAAGUAGAACUAGAAUAAGUUCUGUUUACUGGUGUGAAUGUGUGAUAUAGAGGAGGAGAUAAGCCACUGCCUUUGAGGAGAAGUCUUCUCGUAGGAUCAAU